CAUAUACACAGUGAAAAUGGCUGACGUCGAGUUAAACAUUGACAACCUGAUUCACAGGCUUCUUGAAGUUCGAGGAUGUCGACCAGGAAAAAUAGUCGCUAUGACAGAGUCCGAGGUUCGUGGACUUUGUUUGAAGUCCAGAGAAAUAUUUUUACAACAACCAAUUUUGUUAGAACUGGAAGCACCUCUCAAGAUUUGCGGCGAUAUACAUGGACAGUAUACGGAUCUUCUUAGGCUAUUUGAAUAUGGUGGUUUUCCACCUGAAGCAAACUAUCUGUUCUUGGGUGAUUAUGUUGAUCGUGGAAAACAAUCCCUUGAAACCAUAUGCCUUCUUCUUGCUUAUAAAAUCAAGUAUCCUGAAAAUUUUUUCCUUCUUCGUGGAAACCAUGAAUGUGCAUCCAUUAACAGAAUAUAUGGAUUUUAUGAUGAAUGUAAAAGGAGGUACAACAUAAAGUUAUGGAAAACAUUCACUGAUUGUUUUAACUGUCUACCUAUCGCUGCCAUUAUUGAUGAAAAAAUAUUUUGUUGCCAUGGAGGUCUAAGUCCAGAUUUGCAAGGAAUGGAACAAAUUAGACGAAUAAUGCGACCUACUGAUGUUCCAGACACCGGUCUUUUAUGUGACUUAUUAUGGUCUGACCCAGACAAAGACGUGCAAGGUUGGGGAGAAAAUGAUCGUGGUGUAUCGUUCACUUUUGGAGCUGAUGUUGUUAGUAAAUUCUUGUCAAGGCACGACUUAGAUCUUAUUUGUCGAGCCCAUCAGGUUGUGGAAGAUGGUUACGAGUUCUUUGCUAAGAGGCAGCUUGUCACCUUAUUUUCUGCACCUAAUUACUGUGGUGAAUUUGACAAUGCAGGAGGGAUGAUGUCUGUAGAUGAAACUCUUAUGUGCUCCUUCCAGAUCCUAAAACCUAGUGAAAAGAAAGCAAAAUACCAGUACGGUGGCUUAAACUCAGGCCGACCUUCGACACCUCAGAGGAAUCCGCAAAAGAAGAAAUAAACAUUUUUAAGGACACUUAUGAUGUGGUAUGCUGGUUGAAAUUAUCGAAGAUGGUUUUGAUACUGAGUUAAUACUAAUGAGAAGGAACUUGAGAGAGCGAGCUAUGGGAUAAAGGCAAUUGAUAGUUUAAUUUAUUUGAUAAAGAAAAACCAAAAGUAAUCCGUCUAAUAACUCCCUAUUCUUCCCUUUUCCUUGUUUAAGUUUUUUUUUUUUUUUAUAAAUUGUAAUAGCAUAAGUGACUAUAUUAUACAUAUAUAUAUAGAUAUAUUAUAAACAUUGUAUUUAAAUGAAAAGAAGUUGUGUGCUUAUUUCUAAUUACACACGUUAAAACUUCAUUAUAUUUUUAAAGAAAUUAUUUAAUAAGGGAAAAGUCCCAAAACACUAUUUUUGUCCCAUGCUCUUCAAAUGUUAAAUUUGGGUGUUACGCUUAAUAAUAUAUGGAAAUAAUUGUUACUCCCUGAAGUUCAAGUAAUUGUCAAUGGUGGACAUUUUUUGAACAACCAGAAUUGCUUUAAGAAUUUAAUGUUAACUACCACUUUACAUGUCCUUCUAAUUUUACUGUUUGUAUUAACUGCCAGGAAUGAUUAAAUUUGACAAAGUCA